UCAGUGAGAUUGUUACCUUGGUGGGUGGGUCUAGUUGUGGAUGGAAUUUUCAGUUGCAUGUUCUUCAGUUUGGAUCCAGUGGGAAGAAGUAUAUAGAUUAUAUAGUAGGACAAAGUUUUGAGCUUUCUAGCUUGUUUCUGAUUCUGAUACCUGCUGCUGAGUUGUGGCAUUGUAAUCUAAUAGAUUUCACCUUCAGUUUUGACUUGGUUGUUGUGGACAUGGAGACCCUUGUUGUUGUUGAGCAGCAUAGGAACCAAUGCUAUAGCAGAUCCAAGCCACAGGGCCAUGCUCAAUUUGGCUCUUCACCUUCCAGGGACUUUAUAGGAUUCAAUUGCAGGAAUUUUCAGAAAUCUCAUGGUUCCCCUAAAACACCACCCCAUGUAAAUGAUAACAAAAUUUAUGGGAAGAAAACUACUACUAAGAGCAGCCCAAUUCCUAUCAAUGACAAAGCUUGUAGAAAGGAUACAACUUUGAGUUUUUCUGAAGAUGUGACUGGUGGAAAUGGGAGCUUUUUGCUCUCUGAGUUAUGGGCUGGACCUACCUACUCAAAUUCACCCCCUCCAAGUUCAUUGCCAAUUCCCAAGUUUUCUGUCCAGCCAAAGAGGACUGUGUCUCUGAAUCUUCCUGGUUCCUCCCCUGAGGUUGAAGUAAGUCCGGUGGCUAAGUCGGCUCCCCCUUCGCCGGGCAGGGAGCAUGUGCCUUCUACAAGAGGUUUCUUUGUUAAUGCUGAUUCUGCUACUGAGACGCUGUGUCGCAUUCUCAAUCUUAACAUCAUUGAUGAGUGAAGUACAAGGAGCACUCGACUCCUGUAAAUGAGUCUUUUUUUUUCUUCCAAUGAAAUGGGUUGGUGUUAGGUGUAUAUGGAGACCAAAUAAAAUUUAUAGUCUGAGUAGUGAGCUGGUAUGAGUUCAUGUAGCUUUCUAUGGUGGUUGUAUUGUGCCCUUGAAAAUCAUGGCUUUGGUGGGUCAACAAUCUCGAGAUGUUGGAAAUGGGGUCAAGCUUAGCAGUGGAGAGGGUAACUGGAUGUAUACUUGAGGUUUGAGGAGUCUGUUGAAAGCAGGCUUUGCUAUGGAUAAUGUUACUUGGUGGAAGCUUCCAUGAAAAUGGUUGGAAAGCAGAAUGGUUGUAACGGGUAGGAGUGGCAUGGAAAAGACCUGGAUUCACUGCGGAAUGUGAUAUUUAAGUUGAAUCCUGAAUUUCUGAUAUAUAGUUCUCAACAUCUUCUCAUAGAAUGGUUAACCUUCCCUUAAUUUGACAUAGAAUUUAGCCUCUUGCUUUAGAUACCAUGUACAUACUAUAGUCUCUUGCCCUUUGUUUUGGUUUCUUCUCGUGUCUUUAGUGUGUGUUUGGAUACCAAUUGAGUUAAUGUGAAAGCACUUUCAUCUCAAUCCAUAAAAAGAGUUAUGUUCACCGGUUUGCCUCAAAUGAGUGCUAACCUCCAUUAGUUUAGUCAUUCUGACUUCUAUCCUGAUUUUGCUUUCCUUCUUUGUCUGGUAUUCAAUAGUGUGCAUCCCUGUCAUUUCAGUCUCCUAGAUGUAUUUGCUAGUUACUACCUUCCCUUCCUUAACAGUCUUUCUCCUCUCCUAGUCAUCCUUCUUUCUCUCUAGUAUGUUAGUAUUUUAUUUCUUAGCUACCCUCAAUGAGGGUGUAUGCCCCUUCACUAUCUUUUCUGCUUUUUUCAGAGAAAAGUUAGAACUUAGAAGGGAUUAUAUUAGUCUUUUGCUGCAUAUGUUUCAGUUUUCUAGGAUUAGUCAAUGUCACUCCACCUGCUAGUAACCCACCCAAUAUCCUUAGUCCUAAUCCUCACAUGGCUUACCUUCCAUUUCCAUGAAGAGUGGAGAGUGUUGACCAUGGUAUGCCAAAACUUAAGGAAAGCAUAACUUUGUCAAGGCUGUUUCAGAUUUCAGUUGUCACUCUUGAGAUGUGAUCAGUUGUGAAUCAGUUUUUGCCCACAAUGUACCUUCUUUCUACUUCAGUAACUUGUGGAACUUGUUUCUCUGCUGAAUUAAAAUGUUAGAGACCAUUAUCUAUGUGUCGUUUUGUAUCUGAAUGAAGUACUUAUUUUCUUUAUUAAGUCAUAGUUUUAUAUAUCGUUUCUUCAAAAGUUGUGGCUGGAGAGUCUGCAUUUUAAUGAACUUUUGUAUCCAAUAUCUGUAGUUAAUCUUAAUUGAAUUGUGAUGGUCCUAAUA